ACAUUACACAAACCACGCAUCCUGUGUCUACACGGAGGCGGCGUGUCGGCGAGAAUCUUCCGAAUGCAAGCGCGGCAGCUGAUCGAGGCCCUGGCCCUGCACUUCCGCUUGGUCUUCGCCGAUGGCCCGUUCCCCAGCGAGAUGCACCCUGACCUCACUUCGGUCUACGGCCAGAUGGGUCCCUGCUACCGCUGGGCUGGCUGGUUGCCGCAGCAUGCCGACCUUCCGGCUGGUGAGACUAUUGAAACUAUCCGAGCGAGCCUGCUGCACGCGAUGCAGGCCGACUCCGCCGGCACGGGGAGAUGGGUCGGGUUGCUCGGGUUCAGCCAAGGCGCGCGUCUGGCGGUCAGUAUCCUGCUGGAAGACCAACGGGUAGAAAAGGGCCGAGGGAAAGAGGGCCGUUUCUUCUUGGGCGUGCAAUGGGAGUUCGGCGUCCUGCUGGCGGGUCGGGGACCCCCUUACAACCUCAGCCACCAGCACCGAGCUGCUCCUGCUGCUGAGGACGAACAUGAGAUUUGGACGACUACCCCGACACUGCACGUCCAUGGACUGCAAGACCCCGGCCUCGCCUUCCAUCGGCUCCUGCUGCGCGAGUACGCGGCCCCGGGCAGUGCGCUCCUGAUCGAAUGGGAUGGCGAACAUCGGGUUCCGAUUCGAACUGUUGAUGUCGAUGCGGUGACCGGAGGAAUUUUACGAGUCGCGGGAAUCCGCGGGGCCAUG